AUGGCUAAGCUCAGCGAAAACAGCCCCAGCGGGGCCAAGACCGCGCUCAAGCGGAUCGAACACGGCCUCGCGUACAAGCACGAAACGAGAAAGCCCAGCUUUAGACGGCGGUCGCUCUCGCCCCAGAAAACGCAGUCGCUCGCCGUUUCCCCUGCCAGGGUGCCUUUGACGUGUAUCAAAGAGCCCCUCAACAGUAAACUGGCUCCAAUUGCGCUGGGAAAACACGAUCUGAGGAAGGCCCUGAGCACGGCAGAGAAGGAAAACGACGACAAUAAUACCAUCGACACCGAUAAGAUUGAAAUGCUCGACGUGGAGUCGGACGCGGUCGAGGUGCAGUCCUCGCCGGUGGGGGCUCACCAAAAUAGAAUGAACCACAAGAGACACAUGGACACUCCGCUACUUGUCUCGGGCGCGAAGAAGAUGCAUUUGGGAGACGAGUCGUUCCAGACUCCGCUGAGACCGGACUCCAAGACGCGCGUGACCCCCCACAGAGAACACCACAGCCGGCUGAUGAACGAUUCGGAUAUCGAUUUGUACAACGCCUCGACCGAGAAUCCUGUGCUCGAUCCGCAGAACAGUCCACUCGCCAACGUGAGCCAUGGACAGCUGCUCGAGGACAAGAUCGACGGCGAAACGGAGGUGAUCAACGGACUCAAGCACAGGGGCACACAGAUCAACGAUAUUUCUGCGAUUGCUGCCGACUCUUCGCUGGACCGCCACGAAGACACGUCGGACUCGGAGGGCGAGCAGGACGAGAGAAUGUCGCCUGUCAAGCUCUCGCAAAAAAUAUCUGCCCUGGACGUCUUCAGCGCCAUGAUUGAUCAGGAAGACGAGAUUGAGGAUUUCGAGCUUGUUAGUGGCGAGGAGGCGGAAGAAAGGCCGGUUUUCACGAGCUCCCAACUGGAACAGAUCAAGUCGUCCAUGCAGAGCAGUAUUGACGCAUUGAAGGCGGAGGUGGCAGUCCAAUCGGAGAAGCUUGUUUCUACGGAAGCCACGUUGGCCUCUGUUUCCGCACAGCUGGAAACCGAGUCCGGAGAAAAGAGACGUCUGUUGAACGAGAAGGGCGAGCUUAUUGCUGAGCUUCAAUCAUACAAGCAGUCGAUCCAGGCGUCAAAUGCUCGGAUCAGCCAAUUAGAGUCUAGAGUCAAAUUCCACGAGUCCAAGUUUGAGAAGCUGAAAACGAUCUACAGUCAGCUGAUGGGAACCGCAAAGAACUUUGAGUCCGAACUCGCAGACAAGACUGCACGCAUCACCGAUCUAGAGAUAGCCGUUACCAGUCUGAAGGAGGAAAAGGCCGUGUUGUCCAACGAAAAAAUAGAGCUUUCGUCUGCGCUGGAGCUUAGGUUGAACGAGAUCGAGCAAUUGACCAAAGAGAAAGAGUCGCUGGAAAACCAACUAAAGAAUAUGUCGAGCAAUUCCAGGUCUGCCUUGAAGAAGACGGAGGAUCUUGUUAAGGAGCUAGAUACAAAGACGAAGGAUGCGGCUGAGCUGCGAAACAAGCUUGACGAGCAGGCAAUCAAGAUUGAGGGUCUUGAGCUCGACCUGAGCCAAGCUGGUGAGAAACUCAACGCAUACCAGGAAGAAUUAAAGUCUGGCGUGGAUAAGAUUAUCGCACUGGAGAACGAACUAGGUGCCGUGCGUUCUGAGCUCGAGUCUCUCGAGGAGAAGAAGACUCUACUAGAGGAUGAGAACACGAGUCUGAAAGAGGUAAUGGGACACCGUCGCGACGAGAUCAAGCGGCUCAAGGCCGAGAAAGAGGAGCUGAGCCAGCAAUUGAGCAAGCGCAAGGACCAGAACACCGAGGAGCUGCUGGAAAAGCUGCGCGAGGAGAUGAAUGCGCUGCGAGGCAGCACGGAGGCCCAGAUAAACGAGCUGAGCGCCAAUCUGGAGGCCAAGAACGAGAAAUUGGUGGAAGCCAAGACCGAGGCGUCGACAAUGAAGCAGAGAGUGACCACGCUGGAGAGCCAGCUCGCGGAGGCCAACGCCAAGAUUCAGGAGCACGACAAAAACCUCGAACAGCAGCUGGAGAAGCUGGCUCAGGACCUCUAUUUGCAGUACUCUGCCAAACAUGAGCAGAAGGUUGCGAUUUUGAAGAAGGGCUACGAGAUGAAAUGGAUGAACAAGCUCAAGAAGUUGAACAAGGAGAACGAGCAGCUACGCAGCGAGCUGGAGGGUUUCAAAAGACGGCUGGAGGUCGAGAACAACGAGAAGAAGCAGCUGGUCAAGCUCUGGGAGGAGUACGUGUCCUUGGAGAGCAACGAUAAGGCGAACGCUUUGCCUGAUUUCAUCAAAAAAGCUGAGGAUUGA